CCGCCACAACCGAUCACUCCGAGUGGUUUCAUUUUCGCACCUACGGUCCAUAACGCAUAGCGGGUCUGCUGCUGACCAGAGUGGCGUUUUAGAAAGAUUUCUUAUUUACGCAAUGUGUAGAGCACACGCGUUUACACUCCUUCGACAUGCGUUGCGCAAUAUGCGAAUCCGUAUUUUUCAUAUUAUUACUGUAGUCUGCAUUGUACAGGCAUGUAAAUAAAGCGUAGUUUUGGAGAACGAGGAUGACGGAGAGGCGCGAAGUGCUGGUUAUACGACGACAUGUAUUUGCUCCUCUUCAUUGGUCAGAAUGUUCAAUUUGAGUCCGCAUCUCAAAGAAAAAAAACAAGGAAUUGUGAAAUGAAUAUCAACGGCGAAACAAAAUGAUUAGGUGUACGGACACCGUGUUGGCCGAAAUUAAUUUGGCCCUGUGAAAACCUGUAACCGCGAAAGCGACUGUGAAGGGGACGAGAUGCGAAGUUAAUGACGCUUUAGUCUUCAUUAAAGGGGGCGAACACGUCGAGAAGGCAAAGUACUGCUAGAGGAAUUGCUACGCGGCUUUUGUUAGAAUUACAUUUCUGAAAGGGAAUCUGCUGUUGCGCGGAGAACUGAUCGCACCCGGUUAAGCGUUCAACAGGAAACCAAUCAUUUUACAAAUGAAUUGCUGAUUUGAGGUGGAGUAAGAGGAGGCGACCUUCCCUUUAUCAACUCGAAACGGAGCUGCUUCAAUUCCUCUCUUCCUCGCCGUUCUACCGGGGUGAUUUAAUGUGGAUCGUGAGACGCGCGCGACCAGCUCAGUGUGGCGUUUUGUAACGGCGCCUGACCGAAGACAGCCCCCUCAAACUUCCUCUGAGCGCUGGGGAUAAUGCACAGCACCGGGCGCUCCGGAAAUAACGGGGGAAAGAAAAUUUCAUAUUUACAUUUCAUAUUCGCAAUACUUUGUUUUUUCACUGAAAGAAACAUGGAGCGACUUUAUUUAAAUCUCAGCUUAUAAAGGCUCUAUUUUCGUCUUCGUGUGCAUGUAUUUGCUGUUAAUGUAUAUCAUUAUGAACAUAUAUUUUUUGUUUAUAUUUGCUCGGUACGGCUCAGCCCUUGUAUUGUUUUGCCCGCUUGACGCUGGGUUCAGUGAUUGACAUUUCCGACGCGUGGAAUAUCCUACUUCAUUUUAUUUGCCGGUGGUUAUUUCUAAUACAGCAUACAUUUGUCGACGGUUAUAUGUUUUGAUUAUUUUUGUUUCGGUGGACAGCCGUUUAUUCUUGACAUGGCACUGAAAGCAACAAGCAACAAGCAACGGCGCGCGCUGUGAUACGAAGCAGCGACGUGCGCGGUUUGGGUAGGCUAACUAAUGCAAUGCACAUCGGACGUACUUUUGAUUUCUUCUCGUUUUAAUGACUUCAUCUUUCAAAAGAAUGGCCUCGAUUUUAAUGACUUAAAGCCCAGUCGCUUCAUUUAUAUGUUGAACAGGUGCACCGCGUCUCUCUUUUCUUGCGCGUGUCCACCGUGGUGUUUGUGGGAUCAUGACCGGUUACGGUCUCGGCGCGAAGCUGAAGCCGUCCUCUCUGUGGAGAUUGAUCUGGCUGACAAACUUGUUGGGUGAACUGGCCAUGUCGCAGGAGAUAUAUGCGCCCCACUCUAUCAGAGUUGAAGGAGAUUUGACUUUGGGGGGCCUUUUCCCCGUGCACGCCCGUGGUCCCCCCGGUUUUCCUUGCGGAGAUAUCAAGAAGGAAAACGGGAUCCACCGGCUGGAGGCUAUGAUGUACGCUUUAGACCAAAUUAACAGCGACGAAGAGCUUUUGCCCAACAUAACCUUAGGCGCGCGGGUGCUGGAUACGUGCUCGAGGGACACCUAUGCAUUGGAGCAGUCUCUCACCUUCGUUCAGGCUCUGAUACAAAAAGACACUUCGGACGUGAGAUGCACAAACGGAGAACCGCCCGUGUUUGUCAAGCCGGAGAAAGUGGUUGGAGUGGUCGGAGCGUCUGCAAGUUCUGUGUCCAUAAUGGUAGCGAACAUUUUGCGACUAUUUCAAAUCCCUCAGGUGAGCUACGCCUCCACGGCGCCGGAGCUCAGUGAUGACCGGCGCUAUGACUUCUUCUCGCGCGUGGUGCCGCCGGACUCCUUCCAGGCGCAGGCCAUGGUGGACAUCGUCACGGCGAUGGGCUGGAACUACGUCUCCACGCUGGCCUCGGAGGGCAGCUACGGCGAGAGGGGCGUGGAGGCCUUCACUCAGAUCUCCCGGGAGACCGGUGAGUCCCGCCACGCCCGCUUCCCUGGGGGGGAGGGCCCCAAUCUGCCCCUGCUCAUGAAUAUUCAUGACUGACUACUAUGACAUCAUUGCACGUGUGAAUAAUGGGGACAGAGUGCUGACAGACAGACAGAAUGGAGAGGGAGGAGCCAUAUUUGAGCUGAACCAAACUAUUAAACAAACUGUCUCGCAUUACAGCCCUGAUGAGACUGGCGAGCAGAAGCACGUGUAGAUUUUCCUGAGCAAACACAA